AUGGCAGAAGGCACGAGAGGCUCGGUGAAAGGUCAGCAAGAAGGUUUACAAAAGCAGCAAGAAAUCAUUCAGAAGCAAUUGGAGCAACAUCACCAAGCAAUCAGUGGGAUUUCAGAAAGGUUAGAUCAACUCACUGACAUGUUACGUUCUGUUGUUGAAUCCAGUCAUGUUAAUAAUCAAGAAGUUCGUGGAGGGAAUGGUGAUGAUAGGAGUGCAGUUUGGAGAGGGUUGCGUUUGGAAUUUCCACGAUUCAAUGGCACUGAUCCUAAUGGGUGCGUUUUUAAAGCCACUCAAUAUUUUGACUACCACCAGACACCAUUUCAUCAGAAGUUAUUAGUGGCUUCUUAUCACAUGGAAGGAGAGGCGUUGAUAUGGUACCAAGAAGGGUUGGAUUCUGGCCAAUUUAAUUCAUGGGAGUCCUUAAUCCUGGCUUUACAAGUGAGGUUUGGGCCAUCAGCAUAUGAUGACCCAAUGGAGGCCUUGAUGAAGUUAAAGCAAACUUCUUCUGUCACUUUGUACAAGUCACAAUUUGAAGCUUUGUCUAAUCGAUUAAAAGGAUUAUCUGAAAAACAUAAACUUAGCUGUUUUCUGAGUGGGUUAAAAGAUGAAGUCAGAUUACCAGUCAAAAUGUUUAAUCCUGUCAAUCUAGGGGCUGCUUUUGGAUUGGCAAAAAUCCAAGAGGAGUAUAUUUUAUCUUCAAGAAGACAUUGGAAGACUAAUCUGAAUCUUGGUGAGAAAGGGGUUGUUGAUAAUGCAGUGGAAGUUUCUAAUAGAGGGCCAAGGAAUCAGAUCCUAGCUAAGAGGGUUACUUCUUUGCAAAUGGAUGAAAAAAGGAAAAAAGGACUUUGUUACCACUGUGAUGAGAAGUGGAACCCCAACCAUAUUUGUAAAAAUCCAAAGGUUUAUUUGUUGCAUGUGGAUAGCAGUGUAGAUAAUGAGGAAACACAAGUGAAUGGAGAGCUGGUACCAGAAGUUAAUUCAGUUCUUGAAAAAGAGUCUGAAGAGCUUGAGGUUUCCAUUAGUGUUAUUUCUGGUUGUACUAACAGCAAUGCAAUGAAGUUGUUGGGCAAGAUUGGUUCAUUUUUUGUUGAAAUCUUGGUGGAUUCAGGAAGUACUCAUAACUUCUUGGAUCCAUUGGUCGUGGAGGCAGCAAAGCUAAAGGUGUUAAAGGAUAGAGGUCUUCAAGUGAAGGUGGCUAAUGGUGCUAAAAUACUUAGCCAAAGCAGAUGUGAAGAAAAUAUCAGCAUUCAAGGUACCAAGUUCUUGGUUCCUUUUCAUGUAUUGAAUUUGGGGGGUUGUGAUAUUGUAUUGGGUGUCCAAUGGUUGAAGACAUUGGGGGCUAUUCAUUGGGAUUUUACCAAGAUGAUCAUGCAGUUUGUGGUGGAAGGAAAAAAGCUUUCUUUGCAAGGCUUGGUUUAUGAUUCAGUAGCAGUACAACCUGGACUGAAUCUGUUGAAAUCAUCUUUUGUGAGGCAACAAGGGUGGUUGUUGCAGAUAAUGACCUUGGACACCUGUGUAGUUGAAGGGCAAGUGCAAAGUGAAGUGGAGCAAUUAUUGGGACUGUUUAAAGGAAUAUUUGAAGAACCCGUGUGUUUACCCCCACCUAGGGAAUUUGAUCAUCAGAUUUUGUUGAAAGAGGGUGCUCAACCAGUUUCAGUUAGGCCUUAUCAAUAUGCUCAUUAUCAAAAAGCUGAGAUUGAGAAGAUAGUGAAUGAAUUGCUCAGUAAUUGA